AUGUUAUCAUCGUCCUUGAAACGCUCAAACAGGGACACCGUCUCUCCCCGUUCGAAACAUCGUGCAGAGCACCUCUCCCGAAGUGCAGCAGCGGCAGCCCACGCAUCCUACUAUGCUCAUCCAUCCCUCCAUCUCCACACCUACCUCUCAAAGGAGAAUCCGGUGAUCCUCGAUGAUCAAGGUCAAAUUAUCAGUGCAUUGAACGAACCUAACCAACCUUCUUUAUCCACCUUACCUCAGUCGAACGAGAAGGUCAAAAACACCAACGUCAGUAAUAUCCCACAUGCGAAUGCAGAGAAAGACGCCGAGGUAGGACCGGAAGGUACGAAGAAAGAGGAAGGAGGGAAAGAAGAUGCUGGUGCACCCAGUGGAAUGGAUAAAGGUGCUUUGCAAGUUAAUGGUGAAGCUGGAGGGACGAUCACUUCUCCUGGUCCUGCUUUGGAAGAUGUAUUGAAAUUUAAAGAAGUGCAGAAUGGUUGGUCACAACAUCAACAUGGACAAGGUGUCAAUGGCAAUUUAGCUGUACCGGCACAACCUCAGGGAGACGGGCAUGUCGAAAGACCAGAAUUGGGGAGACAUUGGAGUGUUAGUGAUAGGAUGAAUCCCCAUUUACAACUGAUGUGCGGUCCGUUGUUGGCUUAUUAUACGGUUAAGAAUGACAUAUGGCAAGGAGGAGCCUUGGUUGUCGUUCGGGAUGACGGCUCUGAUCUCUCAUCCCUACCUUAUAUCACCUUGACAUUCCACCCUCAUACUCCCCCAUCUGCCGAAGAUCCUUCAAUCCACGAUUCCACCAUCCACCUCAUCCCCUCACAGACCGUUCAGGCAAGACUUAUUCACGUUUACUCAUCUAGAGAUGGCAAUAUGUCUUUCUUCAGGUUCAUCUUUGAGAUACCCUUACAACAUACACAGAUGGUAGUUAGGUACAGGUUGAAUGGAGGGGCAGAGAUGGAUUUUGUGGUUCCUCAGAAAGGGGAGAAUAUGAGAUGGGCAGCGCAUAGUUGCAAUGGUUUCUCAUCAGGUGUGAAUCCUGACGAGUUUAAGGGCUCCUAUCCAUCGGGUUACGACCCCGUAUGGGAAGACUUAUUGCUCAAGCACCACGAAAAACCUUUUCACUGUAUGGUAGGGGGAGGUGAUCAGAUUUACUGUGAUGCUCUGACGAGAGAACCUGAGAUGCAACCUUGGAUCACUGCUCCCGAUAGGAAGAGUAAAUUAGCCACUGAGUUGACCGAUGUUAUCCGAGAGGCAGUUGAUAGGUUCUACUUCAACCAUUAUUGCAAGAUUUUCAGAAGUAAUGCGUUUGGACGAGCCAACUCAUCCAUCCCCAUGGUCAACAUGCUGGACGAUCAUGAUUUGAUUGAUGGUUUCGGUACAUACGAUGAUGAGACUCAAGCUUCACCUGUCAUGUCCUUUGUAGGAUCUAGAGGAUACUUUUGGUUCCUCCUCUUCCAGCUUUUUGUCUCGGAUGAAGUAGACGGUGUCGACCCUACACCUGGAACUCAUACUCUGAAAAGUAUGAUAGUAGGUGAUGAACCUGGACCAUGGAUCCCUUUCCCCUCUCACUCAUUGCUUGUGUACCUCGGCCCGAAAGUCACGUUGUUAGCUUUGGAUUGUCGAGCAGAGAGGAAACUGAAUAGGAUCUGUACGCCUCAAACUUACGCGAAGACUUUCGCAGAGGUAAGGAAGAUACAAGGGAUCGAACAGCUUGUUAUACUCUUGGGUGUACCUAUAGCCUACCCUCGUAUGUCCUUCCUUGAGCAUUUCUUAGAUUUCAAAUGGAACCCCGUCAACAUCCUCGCUCGACAUAACGCCAUGGGUCUAGGAGGGAUGGUCAACAAGUUCAAUCAGGCUUCGGAACUAUUGGACGAUCUGAACGAUCAUUGGUGUGCUAACACACAUAAGAAAGAACGAAACUGGCUCGUACUGGAAUGUCAGAAACUGGCGAGGGAACAGAAAUUCAGAAUCACAUUCUUAUCUGGAGAUGUCCACUUGGCGGCCGUCGGGUGUUUGUUUACCUAUAACAAAGGAAAGAAGAGAUUCGCGGUAAAGCCUGAGGAGGAUCAUAGAUAUAUGUUGAACGUUAUCACUAGCGCUAUCGUCAAUACGCCUCCUCCUCCUGGUGCGGCCAAAAUGGUCUCUAUGCUUGGAAGGAACAAACACAGAACGUUGCCUCAAGACACCGAUGAGAUUAUGAUUCCGCUUUUCUUGAAAGAUACGGAUGGGUCUGCAUCCAAGUUGAAGACCGCUUUGAACCGAAGAAACUACACAGCAGUAGAGUACAACAACAACGGUGAACUGGUAUUUGAUAUCAGAGUUGAGAAAUCACAAGGUGCAGGAGAGACUGUCAGUUAUCCGAUCAAGGCUCCUGCUCCUAGGUGGUAA